AUUCAGACCACAGGCGACCCUACUAAUGAGAAGCGACAUAAUAUAUUUGUACGUAGUGCCUGAGAAAGACUAAGACAUAAGGCGAGAAAGAAAGCACGAUAAUUUUUUCUCAUACGCAAAUGUAGUUGCUUAACCUGAUAGAUGUCUAGUCGCAUCAAUUUUUAUACGCAUCAGAACAAGGCAGUGAAGUUAGAUAGGGUGCGACGCUACUGAAAUCUUUGAAGGUUUUUUUUUGGUACUACUAGUACUUGCUAGUAGCUUCUCGCAUUUUUAUCACAGCAAAUUAGAACAAUGCUCUGCGGCUCGGGAGGAGCACGUUCUUCAGAAGCGAAGGUAGCGUCAACUUCCUGUUGCGGUUCGUAUUCCGAACCGACGGCUUCUAGUACUCGUAGCUUAACGAAGGAAACUGUCAUCCGGUGGAGUAGCGUGGAGUAGCAGGUUCGCCCGUAGUAGCCGACGUGCUGAGCAACAGCCGGUUUCAAGUUUGUUCUCCACAAGAACUUCCAUUCCUUCGACUCCAGCUGCGUGACAGGUACGACUUCAAACCGAAUUUGUACCUGCUUCCCUCGUCCGUACUUCUGGAAGAAGUACAGGAGCUCCUUCUUUCAUCUUUGUUUCGACGCAGCGCCACGCUGUUGCGUGACAGUUGUUGACGUCGAGCCCUGCGUUCUAUUGUUCCACCGAGCUGCUCUAGGGACGACGACGGGAAAUAAGUAGAGCGCCAAAUAAGGGAAUAAAACCCAAGACGAUCAUUCUCGGACGAGGGUACUAGAACCUCCGGACAAGUUCUUCAAGUCGAAGUUUCGAUUGUUAUUUGACCCGGGAGGUCUGCAAUCCCCGUCAUCGGACUACAGCAGUAGAUCGAGACAAGGAAUUCUACUUGUACAAACAGCGAGCAGGACUUCUUACUCUCCACAGCGAAACAGAAUUGUGCGACAUAGCGACAAGCUCGGUCCGCAGCUGAAAGUCGACAUCAACACAUCAGCCGGAAGCAAAUUUGGACGCACAGUGAAACAACGGCAACAGGCACCGCAAGUACAACUGGUUGUCAAAAGGAAUAUAUUCAUCACCGCGCGGCGGCCGCACCUCUUCUUGCUCAACUCUUCUUGCUCAACGCACCGCGGUGCAGAUUUUGCCGGGUGAAGUCCCAGUUCUUGGGGCCGCAAACAAUUCGAGGAUCAAGAUCUCGACGUCUCUUCGAUCACCACUGCAACGCGUAGGAGCAACUUCUUCAAGAACUUCUAUAGUUUCUGAGCAGAACCAGAAGUUUUCCAGAAGCCGAGCGACAGCAGCAGGAGCAGGAGCAGCUGGAGUUGGGAAGAAACUCUCAAGGAGCUGUCACUGGUUCACUUGAAGGUCCCACAGUGAGAAGAUUUUUGGCCGCAGCAAGAACACGACGACUCUGUACAACUACUAGUCGAACUUCCUUACGACCCCUCCACGGCCGUCGACCUAGUAUAGAUACUAUCAGUCGCAUCACAAGAAGAUGGCGCUCGCCGGCACGAAGACGCAAACUGCCCGGCUGACGCCGAGCGAGGCGGUCCGGCUAGACAAGCAGAUUGAGCAGGUGCUUGGUAUGAAAGAGCUGUCGGAGGCAGAGACGAAGGAGCUCGCAGCGCGAACAAGGGAGAUAUUAGCGGAAGAGUCAAACGUCGCAAUAGUAAAGUGCCCAGUCACGGUUUGCGGCGACUUGCACGGCCAGUUCAUAGACCUAAAGGUAUGUCUAUGCAGUUUUUAUCGUUCUUAUGGUGACGGCGCUGGUGUUAUGCGGUGAUUCUGAAUUAUGCCAAUGACAGAUGCAGAUCGUAGUUUCCAUAUGCAUCUAUAAAAAUAAUACGUUAACCUUAACGUUACAUUACAUUGAAAAGCAAAAGAGCAAACAAAAACAAAAUCUUGUCAGGAACUGUUCACAAUAGUGGGGUCCCCGCCAGAGACAAAUCUGCUGUUUCUAGGCGACUACGUCGACAGAGGCUACUACUCCGUGCUCACCGUGACGUUAAUGUUCUUGUACAAAAUCAGGUACAAAACUUCUACAUUCAUGGUUCUUUUGAUUUCGGCUCUAUUCUUUACGUCAUGAUCGAUGAUCGCGUUCGUGAUUCUGAAUGAUGACGCAAGGCAAAAACAAAACUUUGUCUGUUAACUACACAUCAUUUGCAUGAAGAUGAAGAACUGUUCUCGUCUGCAAGACUGAAAAAAAAUUUUCGAUAACCAACAGAUAUCGCGACAUGGUGUGCAUCAUAAGAGGGAACCACGAAAGCAGGCAAGUCACGCAGGUUUACGGCUUUUUCGACGAGUGCGUGCGGACAUACGGGAGCAGCGAAAUAUGGAGGUAGAGUCUUUAUUGUCCUAUUCCUAUGUUGAAGUUUUAUUGCAAUCAUGGAAAUUUAUUUUUAUACCCUGCAGCUUUUUUGUUUAGUUUUGAGGCGCGAAUUGUUUGUGAUGCAUGAAUGCAAUCAUGAAAUAAAAACAGGUGUUUCACGGACGCUUUCGACGCGCUCCCCUUGACCGCCCUUAUCGAAGACCAAAUCCUGUGCCAGCACGGCGGCCUCUCACCAAGUAUUGGAAUUAUUCAACAUGCUCCGUUUUCUAUUCGUGAACAAUGACAACCACACCCGGGCCCUCUUUUGCCAUGUUCCAACAGAUGAGAGUGUUGAAACGCGCCGGCUUUCUUCCGCGCUUCGUCCUCCCCGUGAUGACCCGCGACCCGCGUUGUUGUGCUAUAGUAGCCUGAUCAUGCUUGCUACAACUCUACUUCACAGCCGCACUUUCAUCUUGCACGCGCUGCGGCCGCCCGAUUUGUGUUUCACUUCAACAACGCCGGCGCAAGCGCUACCAUGGGCCAAAAAAUCUCCUGGAGGUGCACAAACGUGCUAUCCAUAUUCUGUUCGGUGAAGAUGAUGACCAAAGCAUUCUUGCGCGCGCCCAUUGCAACAGAUGUUGCAUUACGAUUACCAAUUCCCCCCGCGUACGUAGGUAUGCAAUCAUGUGAGUUUGUCACUUUAUUGAGUUCUUCUUCUCAGCGUUUUUUUUGCUUGAUCAUGGUAGGUCGUGUUUUCUAUUGGUUAUGGUACCCGGUGGUGUCGUGGAGGUCGUCGUCCAAACCGAAAGAAUAUCACUCGUACAAAAUCACUCAUGGUCAUGACGGACACGCAGGAUCAUGCUGGGAUAAAAAUAUUAGGAAGCUAGCGGCAUCCGCACCAAAUUUUUGCGAAUCCACGAAGAUCUUCAUGUAAGUAACUGUAAUAACUGAAACUACUGUCAGGCAUCGACACCCUGGACAAUAUCCGCGAAUUAGACCGGAUGGUGGAGGUACCACACGAGGGGCCCAUGUGCGACAUCCUCUGGUCCGAUCCAGAUGAGAGGUGCGGCUGGGGCAUUUCCCCACGAGGAGCGGGCUACACCUUCGGCCAGGAUGUCAGCGAGACGUACUAUUUUUUCUCACGCUUACGUUUCUGGAUGAGGUGACCUUGAGGUUGUGAUCAGAUCACCAAAUAUAACGUUUUUGCAACGCGUCGUGCAGGAUCUUGCACAACUGAUCGUGUCGUGCGACGAGGACGUGUGGCUCUUUCUUAAGAAACAAACGUCUAGAAGUACAGGUACACUGUGAAAAACAAUAUGCAGAAAACCACCGUUUUAUCAGGUUCAAUCAUACUAACGGGCUCAAGCUGAUCGGCCGAGCACACCAGCUGGUGAUGGAGGGCUACACCUGGUCACACGAAAGAUAUCAACUGCAAAAGUGUCUAGGUCUGGAAGAGUCAUGCUGUUUUUGCAUGAGACAGAAGGUCUGGCAUGGAAGCUAUAGCAUCACAGGUUUCGAGAAGCUUCCGCAAUGCCGGAGCCGCAUGUCAAAUCCCCCAUUUUGGUGACAGAAAGUGGGCAGCUGAUGCUACCGAUGCAUCAGAGAUUUUUCUGUUUUCUGAAAUACGCAUCACAAGUUUGUACUCUUCCAGACCCAGACAUAUUUGCAAUCCAUAAAAGAAACGUGGUCACCAUUUUCAGCGCGCCAAACUACUGCUACCGAUGCGGUAUCUUCUUGUUAUUCUGAUCUGCUUGUCAUGCAGAUAAUUCUCUUUACCGAGUGCUACGUCGUGACUUUGAAAGGGCCUCCUUCUUGUGCAACACAAAUUACCACCAAAAUUGAUUCACAUGAUCAGGUAACCAAGCUGCAGUCAUGGAGAUCGAUGAGCAUCUGAAAUACACCUUGCUCCAAUUUGACGCGGCACCGCGAGAAACCCAGGACGGCGCACCAGAGCAGCUGCCGCCCGUGAAACGCAUCCCUGACUACUUCAUUUGA